AUGACGGAUGGUGGCAGCACGUCGCGGAUAGUGGGCGGAGUGCAAGCGCCCCCUGGGUACGCACCUCAUAUGGCCGCCCUAAUUUUUGGUGACACCUUCAAAGGCCUCAUAUGCGGUGGCUCGAUAGUCUCCAAACGGCACAUACUCACCGCCGCCCAUUGCAUAGACCCGAUGGUCAUGUGGGGUGGUCAGUUAUAUCCCUCCUUUCGCGCGGUGGUAGGCUCAAACAGAUGGGACUCUGACGCCAUCGUCGCCAAAUUCAGCCAUUACGUUAAUCAUCCGGAAUGGGACUGGAGUACUAUCAAAAACGACAUCGGAAUUCUGUAUCUCACUGAGGAGUUGAAUCUCAGCAGUACAGUGGCCGUCAUUGCCUUGAGCUUUAAAUGGAUAGAUGGCGGUGAGAAGAGCUACGCGACAGGUUGGGGAAGAUUGGGGGCUUGGGAUCCAAUUCCCGAUUACCUGCAGCUGCUUUAUCUGGAGACCAUUUCUUCUAAGGAGUGCGCUGAGGGUAUACGCGAGGCUUCCACGUGGUGGGGCUCCUCACCUCCUUUGGACCCUAAAGUAGAGAUAUGCACUUUCCAUUCGCCGGGACACGGCAUGUGCAAUGGAGAUUCUGGCAGUGCGUUGGUUUCCCAGAAGACAGGACAUCAGACCGGAAUAGUGUCGUGGGGCUUCCCAUGCGCCCGUGGGGCUCCCGACGUGUUCGUCAGAAUAAGCGGCUUCAAAGAAUUCCUCCUCCAAAACUUGGGGAAGAAUAUUAGUUAUAUUGAA